CACAGUUUAGGUGUGGUGUUGUAAGUGAAAGUAAAACUAAAAAACAAGUUUUGUCUUUUGUCCUUUUACAAACUCUCAACAACAGAAUUUAUUCAGACACUUAAGACGAUUGUAAACAUUCUUACAGAUGAGUUAAAGAUUUUUAGCCGCUGUGUUUUUAAAAGAAAUGAAGUUCAUUUAUUUGACUCUUCUCAUUAUUAGUGGAUUUGCAGUAUCAAGAUCAGAUGAGUUUGAUGUUGUUGGACCUGUAGCUCCUUUGAUCGCUAUACAUGGUAAGCAUGUAAUUCUGCCCUGUUCUCUCAAACCCAACAUCAGUGCUGUAGACAUGAGAGUCGAGUGGUUUAGACUUGAUCUCGAUGGCUCAGUAGUUCAUCUCUAUGAAGAUCAUGAAGAUAAAAACACAAAUCAGCUUCAGUCGUACAGAGAAAGAACUGAAGUGUUUAAAGAUGAACUACAGAAAGGAAACACAUCACUCAAACUAUCAAGAGUUCAGAUCUCUGAUGAAGGAGCUUAUAAGUGUUUUAUUGAGUCUAAAACCAGGAGUGAUGACAUCACUGUUGAUCUCAGAGUUGAAGCUGUAGGAAGUCCUCCACUCAUCACUGUAGAUGGAUUUGAUGGUUCUGGUGGACUUCAUUUGCAGUGCGAAACUAAAGGCUGGUACCCUGAACCUGAACUUGUGUGGCUGGACAGUGAAGGAGUCACUUUGACAUCUGAAAAUACAGACGCACAGAGAGAGACAGAUGGAUUCAGAGUGAAACACAUGAUCACUGUAUAUAACAGAGACAGUAAAUAUCACUGUAGAGUCACAAUGAGACAUCACAUGAUGGAGACUGAGAUUAUUACAUCAAGAAAUGAACUUCGGAGUCAAGAGUACUCCACUCCACGGGAUGGAUUUGAUGGUUCUGGUGGACUUCAUUUGCAGUGCGAAACUAAAGGCUGGUACCCUGAACCUGAACUUGUGUGGCUGGACAGUGAAGGAGUCACUUUGACAUCUGAAAAUACAGACGCACAGAGAGAGACAGAUGGAUUCAGAGUGAAACACAUGAUCACUGUAUAUAACAGAGACAGUAAAUAUCACUGUAGAGUCACAAUGAGACAUCACAUGAUGGAGACUGAGAUUAUUACAUCAAGUAACAUGUUUAACUCCUGGAGGACAUUAAUGAUCCUGAUUUCAUUUGCUGUUUUGUUCGGUGUGAUUGCUGGAAUAUUGAUCGCUGUGUUCAUCUAUAGACACAGAGAACUACAGAGAAAGAAACGGAGAGAGAACCAGAGAAUACAGAGUGAAGAUGAGAGACUAAAAAGUGAGAAAGAGAUACUACAGAGUGAGGAGAGGAUAAUAAAAAAUGAAUGUGAGAGACUUUCAAUGAUUGAGAAGGGGACAGUAGGAAGUUGGAAAUCACUGUUAAGAAAAUAUGCAGUGAAUGUGACUCUGGAUCCUGAUUCAGCUCAUCCAGAUCACAUUGUGUCUGAUGAUAGGAAACAAGUGAGAUGUGAAAAACAAUCAAAAACAGUGAAUGAUGAAGAUGAUGAGCAAAACAAGAAGUUUGAUAUACGUCAGUGUGUUCUUGGAAAUGAAGGAUUCACGUCAGGGUGUUUUUACUAUGAGGUGGAGGUGAAGGACUUAACGGUGUGGUUUAUGGGUGUGACCAGAGAAUCUGCUAAGAGGAAGGGAGAGAUCAGUCUGAAUCCUAAAAAUGGAUACUGGAUGAUGGGAUUUAGAGGCGAGAAGUAUCAGGCUAGUGAGUACCCACAUAUUCCUAUUACCGUGAGUGUGAAGCCUCAGAGAGUCGGGGUGUUUGUAGAUUAUGAGGAGGGUCGAGUCUCUUUUUAUGAUGUGGAGUCUAUGUGUCAUAUCUACUCUUUUACUGAUCAAUCUUUUAAUGAUAAACUAUACCCUGUUUACCGGCAUAUUAACCCUACACCACUUGUCAUCUAAUGAGAUUUAAUCUAAAAAUAUAAAUCCUCUUCUUAACUCUGAAUCAGGGCCACCAAAGUGGGACUCAUUUUCAGCCAUGGAGUUUUAUGCCUUACCACUUCAAUUCAGGACUCACUAUAUAAAAAUAAUGUAAUUAUAAUCUCAGUAUAAAGGCCUUAAUAGUGCGCUGUUCUCUACAGCUUUAAAAUGCAUUGUAUUUUUCUAAAAAUUAUAAUUUUCAAAUUAGGGACGAUUUUGUUUCCCUAGACCGUGGAACCGCUUACCUGUCUGCGCAUCUUAGAGCUGCCCCCUCUUAAGUGGCUUUUAAAUCUCAAUUUUCUCUAGCUUUUGACACUUAAAUUAUAAUUUGGGUAUUGUUUUUAACUAUUAUUGUAUUACUGUAUUAUUGUAUUUACUUUCUAUAUUUAUUUCAACUUUCUAUCUAUUUAUUUCGAUUUUUUUUUCUUUUUUUGUUCUUUCUGAUAUUGUUAUGUUUUAUAAUUGUUUUAUAUUGUGUAGCACUUUGGUCAGUCCUGGACUGUUUUUAAAUGUGCAUUGAACUUGAACUUGUUUCCCUUGUGGUUGUUUUUUAGGAACCAAAUAAUAAUGAUCUGGAAAUGUUAUUUUUUGGUUAUAUUUUGCAAAUAGUUUAUUGAAAUUUGGCUCCCUUUGUGAUGUUACAAGGAGAAGGAGAUCUUUUUAUAAUAAUACAGCACCUUAAUCUGCAAUUUACUUACAGUGGGAGACGCCUUUUUUUAUUGUUUUCUAUGGGCAGUGUAUUGCACCUCCUGCCGCACCAUGUGGUUUUGCAGGAGUUCUCUGAGCGGCUGUAGUUGGAAAAAGUAAACUGAGUGGGAAAGUGCCCGAUGUCAUUCAUGUUUUUUCCAUUGUCCAAUCGAAUGAGGGGAAAGGCUUCCGUUUUGGUGAUAGAAGUUUACAGUUGCUUGGAAUAACCAGAGACUGCAGUCACUCACUUUCUCUGGCAUGCUUGUGCACCUCUCACCCUUGAUCAAGGUCAAAGCAAAGACCCUCUUUUGAAAGUUUCGGCUAAUGUGACAAUUAACAGCAAAGGAGCGCUCACGCUUUAAUAUUUGAUCGACAAGACAGAUGUCUCUGUAGUUGCCUAGCAAUUUAAAAAAAUGCACCUUUCUGAAGUCAAUUAAAUAAAGGCAGCAUUGUCCACGUUGCCUUUUCAAUAGUUUCGGCCGCUAAAGAUGCAUAUUUUUUAAGUUACCGUUUAAGAGAAUAAUACUGGGAGACACCGUUGGAGUUGAUUGUUUAUUAUGAGAUUAUGUAAUCUUAGCGUUGGAGUUUGACUAAAAAUGUUGAUUGUUUCUGCAGCGUAGAGUUCAUUUUCACUUUACUGUACUGUGUCUCAUUUUAUUAUGCCAACACAACAAAUGAUGCGCGCAGAAAGCGCAGGGACAAUUUGGCCGUUUCUGAUUAUUUAGGGGACAUGUCCCCCACAAUGUCUAUUGUGGUUACGGCCCUGCUGUAGGUCCUCUGCUGCAGCAUGCGCUUCCCUCUACUUCUCACUUCCUGCACACACUUUCCGCUUUAGCAUAAAUGCACAAACUCGUGUCAUUUAACAAAUAAUGGUCAUUGUAUUUUAACUUUAUACUAUAUUGUAUAUAACCUUUUCCUUUAUCUAAUAACUUAAUAUAUGUGUGUGUGUGUGUGUGUGUGUGAGAGAGAGAAAGAGAGAGAGAGAGAGAGAGAGAGAGAGAGAGAGAGAGAGAGAGAGAGAGAGAGAGAGAGAGAGAGAGAGAGAAUAUAUAUUUGGGUGAUUUCUGAUCAAUUUGGCACAUUAAUUUGAUGUUAGUAAGCAAGAGCUUUUGAUUGUUGUAUCAGAUCAAGAGGCGGCUAAACUGCGUAAGAUUUGUCAAUCUAAAGUGAAUUAAAUGUUUAUUUAUCUGUUAAUAAAA